AUGGCCGAUAAUACUCGGAUGAAGACUAUGGAGGCUGACAUCAAGCGUUUGUAUCAGAUGAUCGAAGCGGCCACCGAGGAGGGCAGAGCUAAACGUGCGCGUGCCACAGAGGCUGCGGAUCUGAAGUUAGAAGCGAUCCAGUCCUCUCUCACCCAGCUCCUCUCUGAUCCAACUCGCGGCCAUUCCAUCGUGUGUGACUCCCCGAAAGGCUCGUACUCCGGCGUCGAUCAUCACCAACGACACCUACAACCGUACAGAAGGGUGAGCUUUGAUCUCCCGAAAUUUGAUGGAACGAAUGCACUAAACUGGAUAUUUUCUGUCGACCAAUACUUCGAUUUCUUUCGAGUUCCGGUGGAAGAGCAAGUUGGUCUCGCCGCAAUGCACAUGACCGGCAUGGCAGUGCCGUGGUUUCAAAUGGCUCAACGCUCAGCUCCUUUCCGAUCAUGGGCCCAGCUCAAGCGCGACAUUGAGAUCGAAUUUGGACCCUCUCUCUUCGAGUCCCCGCGAGAGCUCUUAUUCAAGCUUCAACAACACGGCUCCGUGUACGACUAUUAUGCCGAAUUUGUAUCAUUGGCGAAUCGAUCCGGCAUCGAACCUCAGGAUGCACUACGUGAUUGUUUUAUCAGUGGAUUGCGGGUAGAUAUUCACCGCGAAGUAAAGGCACAGUGCCCCCCUUCCUUGAUGCGAGCGGUCAGUCUUGCGCGCUUGUAUGAGGACAAAUUCUCAUCCACCACAAGGAACACGCAUGGCCCUUCUAGCUAUAGGCCCCUUCCUGCUUUGUCCCAACACAUGACACUGUCGCGACCACCACCCCGCAGCACUCUGCCUCCGUUACUACCUACACCACCGCAGCAGCUGAUCUCUAGCAAGAGUCCUAUCAAGCAUUUGACACCUACUGAAAUCCAGAGCCGCCGCGAAAAGGGAUUAUGUUACUGGUGUGAUGAGAGGUUCUCUGCCACACACAAAUGCCCAAAUAAACAUUUUAUGCUCUAUCAGGUUGAGCCAGAGCCAGAUGCUUCCCCAGGGGUUUCAAUUGAGGAGGUUCCCAGUGAUGGUGAAUUGUUGCAACAACUUGAUCAACAAGUAAUUGAACAUCAUCUGUCUUAUAAUGCGAUGCACGGCACUUCUGGACCUGCAUCCAUUCGAAUCAAGGCUCAGAUUGGGGGUUUAGACAUUCAAGCUCUCAUUGAUGGGGGAGGAGAUUUGGUGAUAGGCACCCCGUGGUUGAGGACCCUGCGAGCUCAUAUUGUGGAUUACGACGCUGCUUUUCUUCGUUUUUGGCACGAGGGACAGUUUGUGACAGUGCAGGGUGAGACUUCUUCAGCCCUGUCUCAAGCUCAAUUUCACCAUAUUAGGCGAUUGGUCAACACCGACGCCAUAGCGGAGGCAUUCACGGUUCAACUCCAGCAAAGUGAUGAGAUAGCAGAAACACUUUUACAGCUUCCAGAAGGGUUGAACCCAGAAUUAACCAUCCUUCUCUACACUUAUGGCUCAGUUUUUGCUCAACCCAAGGGACUGCCACCACAAUGGGCGCAUGAUCAUUCGAUUCCUCUAACGAAGAGUGCCGAGCCGGUCAAGGUUCGGCCAUACCGGUAUCCUCAUAGCCAAAAGAAUCAAAUUGAAGUGAUGGUGAAACAAAUGUUGGAGGAUGGAAUCAUCCAACCCAAUAGCUUCCCAAUCCCAACUGUGGAUGAGUUGCUUGAUGAACUAUUUGGUGCUACUGUUUUUUCUAAACUUGAUUUACGGUCCGGGUAUCAUCAAAUCUUGGUGACACCUGAGGAUAGGCACAAGACAGCCUUUCGCACCUACCAAGGCCUUUACGAGUGGCUUGUAAUGCCGUUUGGACUUACCAAUGCCCCAGUGACCUUCCAACAUUUGAUGAAUGAUGUUUUUCGGCCUCACUUACGGAAGUUUGUACUUGUAUUCUUUGAUGAUAUUUUGGUUUAUAGUUCCUCUUGGGCAUUGCACCUACAACACCUUGAGAUGGUCUUACAAAUUCUGCAACGGGAGUGUUUAUUUGCCAAGCUCUCUAAAUGCCUCUUUGGCAUGGCAGAAAUCGAUUAUCUGGGGCAUACCAUUUCCGGAAAUGGCGUGCACAUGGAGCAAGCCAAAGUAAAAGCUGUUUCUGAAUGGCAACAGCCCCAGAACCUCAAGCAGCUUAGGGAAUUUCUAGGCCUCACAGGUUAUUACUGCAGAUUUAUCAAGGGUUAUGCAACUUUGGCAGCACCCCUUACUGACCUAUUAAAGAAAGAUGCUUUUCUAUGGAGCACUCAGGCAUCAGCAGCUUUUCAACGUCUCAAGGAUGCUAUUACUUCCCAACCUGUGCUAGCACUACCCAAUUUUGAGUUACCUUUCGAGUUAGAGACGGAUGCUUCGGGGAUAGGCAUUGGUGCGAUUCUGAAGCAAGGGAAGCACCGAAUAGCUUAUUUUUCAAAAAAAUUGUCCGCCACUAUGCAGCAACAAUCAGCUUAUGUCAGGGAGUUUUAUGCAAUUAUAGAGGCAGUGGCUAAAUUUCGACACUAUUUAUUAGGGAGGCACUUCAUUAUCCUCUCGGAUCAGCAAAGUUUGAAAGCAUUGGUUGACCAAACAUUGCAUACACCAAAACAACAGAAGUGGCUCCACAAGUUAUUGGGCUUUGACUUCGAAAUUCAAUAUAAACCAGGCCGGGAGAAUGUCGCAGCUGAUGCUCUUUCGCGGUGCUUCUUUGCUGCAUUUUAUACACCUCAACUAGAUUGGGUCACGACUUUAAAGGAGGAUCUUCAAGCCGAUGAUUCACUGAAGGCUCUAUUGCUUCAAUGCAGGCAGAAUCCUCAAGGUGAGGGUAAUUACUCUUCAAAGAAUGGCCUUCUUCUUUGGAGGAACAGGGUUGUUAUUCCUUUAGGCAGCAGCUUGAUUAAGCUUAUUUUGAAGGAAUACCAUGAUAGUGUGAUCGGCGGUCAUUCAGGCAUUGCCAAAACAACUGAGCGAAUCGCCUCCAAUUUUUAUUGGCCUAAAUGCAGCGGGACAUCCGGCGUUAUGUACUAG